ACCCUGUCUCCUCCAAUAGGUACUGAAGUGUGCUGACAUCAUCGAUUAGACUCAGCCUUCAGCCUGCCGCGCGCAGCUCUGGAGAUGCUCUGGGGUGGGGGGAGUUACCAUUAGACAGAGAACACUGCUGCAGCUCCAUCUCAGAUUGCACAUGCGGCCGGCCAAGCAGCACCAGCCGUGCCGACAGGGGCCACCCUGAGCUACGACGCAUGGUGAUUGCACUCUUUUUUGUAUUUUAGCAGCGUUUUUUAUUUGGGUCUUUUUCUCACUGAGAUCCUUUUGAAGGACAAAAUGCCAGGAAAAGCAGCCCAGAGCACGGCUCCAACACCAGAACUGGAAGAGCAAGUGGAUGAGAUGGACAGUGGCAUCCCUGGACCAGACAAAUCCAAUCACACCUCCACCUCAUCGGCUUCUACCCCCAGUGACUGCACUUCAACUCCCUCACCUGACUCCCCUCCUGAGCUCUCACCAUCUGACAGUCCUGAAAACCCCUCUCCCUUCGGCCCCAGACUUCCCAGAAGACAACAAGGAGCUUCAGUUGACAGGCCGCAACCCGAGGGAGCAAGCAGCGACUGUGGGGGGGACACAAGACCCUACCCUGGCAGCAUGCGACUGGUAAACAAAUAUACCAAGGGUUCGUGCAAGCAAGCAUACCAGCCAAUCAAAAUGGAGCGCAUCAAGGUGCUUACAGGCACAGAAAUUGAGAGUGACUACAAAGAACCAGAAACUCUUGCCUCUCGCGUGGUGAUGGGGCAGGAAACUCUGCUGAGAAAUUCAGAAUCUUUACCAGGGCAUGGAGAAGGCAACACUAGGGAAAGUGCAAAAAGGGCAGAAAACAAAAUAUGCACACCAGAGGAAAGCAUGGCUGGUGUUCAAACUGUGAGUGCAAUUGAGGAUAAGAAGCCAGGAGAGAUCCAAGAAAAAGACCCACAGCUUGAUACAGGUCAAGAUAAGGCAAGCGUCUUCAUGACCAAUGCUCUGACUUGUGAGUUAGAAGUGACAAAGCCGGUAUCACAGACGCUUCUCUGCUUUGUUCAGGAGUCCAAAGCCAAGGCCGGGGUAGAGGUGGACGCCUUUUGUGUUCAGGGUUCUCCUGCUGAAGAAGCUGUUGAUCAGCCAUGCCUGCAGCAAACUCAGGGUGAAGUGCCUUCCUUGUCAUUAUCUGAACCUUGUUGCACAGGUGGGUUGCAUGAUGUCGACCCACAACGGGGUGGCUUUCCACCCAAUCUGGAAUCUGAUCUCUACUUCACUGCACCUUCCACUCCUGUCAAGAUGGCCUUUCCUUAUCACCUCAAGAACCACUGCUUUGCCUAUUCCACCCCAGGAUCUGCCCCUGAAGAGCCUACAGACUUCUUAGAGGGGGAGGGUCUCUGUUCUCCGCCCACCUCCCCAUCUGGGUCCUAUAUUACAGCUGAGGGUGGUAGCUGGGCAUCGUCUUGCACUUCAAGCACCUCCCCUUCGUCGUCUCCCAAUCUCAUUGCUGAGGGUGAGCUUCAGGAGGCUCCGGCAUGUUAUGUGGAGUCUCUCUCAGAAAUUGGUGAUGAACUUGGAGAAGAGAAAUCAGGUUUGGGAACUGAGGCCCUUUGUCAAAGGCAAGACAUUGUUGAAAGCAUUAGAACACAAGAAGUCCUUGCCAUGCCCAGUUGUGGUGAAGGGCCAAAUACAAGUUCAUCUCAAACUCUCUGGCAGGCAGAGAAACAUCACCAUUCUCCACAGCACAGCAGCCCCCAGAGAUGUUCAUUCGAAGAAGAGUCUGAAGAGUCAUUGGGGCUUUGUGUUGACCUGGAGUCAGUAAAGCUUAAAACUGAUGGUCAGCAAGAUGCACAGUUUGCUACUCUUGAAACCCAUCUAAGUCCUGAGGAGGAAAUUUCUGCUGAGACCCCUACUCCUUGCACUUUUAGUCAUUUGCUUGGUGCAGCAGAUGUUAAUAGCUUCACGCUGGCAACUUGCUCUUCUGAAGUUUCAGACACAGAUAAUUAUAGCCCUCCUGGGGAGACACUGUCCUCCACCUCAGACUUUCCUAGUUCUUUUGUUGAAGAUGGUAGCAGCAAUGACUUUAUGAUACCUGCAUCUAUGCUACCUUUUCACACUAGCUUGAUCUUUCAGGCUGAUUCCAUGGAAAUUACCCUCUUUCCAACAGAUGAAGAAGUAACCAAUGAUGAAGAUGCCUAUGCUGCAGGAGAAGAUGAAGGGGAUAUAGAUGAGGGUGAGGAUGAGGAUGAUGAAGAAGUAAAUUGUGGGGAUGAAGUAAAUGAAGAAGACACAUCCGCAUCUUUCAUGAAUUCACUUUCAGAGACCUCCAUUAAUGAAGGUGUAGAUGAAUCAUUUGUUUAUCAGGAUGAUACAGAGGAAUCCUCAGAUUCUGCCUCCUAUAACGAAGAGGAAGAUGAGAGGCUGUACAGCACAGAACGGCAUGCAGUUGUAGCAGAAGAUUUGUCUGGACCAGCCAACUUCACAGAGACCCUUGAAAGUAAAGGUCACUCUUCUCAUUCUGGGAGCUCAAGUGGAAGUGCAAGCGAAAGCGAGAUGGACAUUUCAUCUGGUUCAUUUGAUUCAAGAGAGGAACAAGAGGACUUUCCGCUGUCUGUUUCUGCUCCUCAUGAGGAUCUCAAUCUUGCGGUGGGAGAAUCUACUGAUCUGGAGAAGGAACCUCAACAUAAAGAUACAGAAAAUGUACAAGCAUCCGAGCUGGAACAAGAAACAGGUGAGAAAUAUUCUCAAGAUACUAUCUGUGAAGGUCACAUUGCCUCACAGAGUCUGGACAAGCCAGUCUGUGAAGAUUUAACAACAAUACCCGUUCAGCUGAAUUUGCAAACUGAACAAAAUGCUGUGGGAUCCACAGCCAAGUCUGGGCAGAAUCUGGAAAAAAUUGUUGAAAUAUCAUGUGGAACAGGAGAAAUUGAGAAUAACAGCAGUGAAGCAAAAGUCCAAGCUGAGAGUCAGUCAACCAGUAUUGACAACAUUUUGGGCACUGAAAAUGACACUAUGGAGGAAGGAAUACUGAAAUUAGGCCUAGAUGAAACAGCUACCAAUGAUCUAAACAAGGGGGUUCCUCUAUUGCCACAUCCCAUAGAUGACCAACAAGUAAGCAACAUACCAGUCACUGGGGCGGCAGAAAUGCUAAGCGAUGCCACCGAUAAUCUAUCUGUUGUCAUUUCUGAAAAUCUGAUUUCUGAUCCUUCUUUAAAUCAGGAUAAUCUGACUGAUCACCAUUCUUGCUGUGAUGAUGGUUCUCUUUUUGCUUAUAGCAUGUUAGCCAUUUCACCAAAGAAAGAAAAUUCUGAAACAAACUUUUCAGGGGUUGUUUCUGCCACUUGCCCAUGGCCAGACUCCCAAGCCAUAGGGGAGAAGUGUGAAUUAGAGAGAGAGCAUAUCUUGACCUGUGAGAUCACCACACUGGGGUCAGUAAAUCCUACCGAAUCAACAGGUGUUGCAGCUGAGCAGGAAGCUGAUUCUGAUAAGGAUAUCGACCCUUUUGCUGAGGACUCACAUCUAUCCAACUGGAAAUCUAUUGAAGAGAUUUCAGAAGCAGGUGGAGGAGAAGAUAGUAGCUAUCAGCUUCCAGAAGAUGAAGAAAACUUCCAUUGUAUUGAAGAUGAACAUGUCAAAGAAGAAGAGACAAAAAACAGAGAUUUAGGAAACUUUGAUGCUUCUGAAAACAGUUCAGAGGCAAAUGAAUCUGUACAGUGUGAAAGCUCUUGGGGUCAAAUGAAUCUUUUAAGCACUUUGCCUCCUGAGAAAAACCUCACUGGCGCUCUUCAUUCAGAAAGUGUAUGCGGUAGUGAGUUAGAUAAGCAGGGACCUCUGCAUGCAAGCAGCCUUGAUGAAUCCAAUAAUGGUCAUCCUGAGCAAAGUUCUACCAUCUGUAAAAAUGAAGAGUUAGGUUUAAUGAACUCCAGCAAAACUCAGGAAAGUAAGAUAACGUUUAGCUUAGUAGGAGGAUCGUUUGGCUCUUAUAACCUCAAACCAUCACCAUCAGAUUAUCAAAGCAGAAGAUCAGCAAUCCGCAAUUCAAUUACAGGACAUUGGGAUUCAAGCAACAUUGACUGUUUUCACUUGGAAAAGAUGUCCCUAGAGCACAUGCCCUCAGAGAAUACUCCUCAUUUUGGGACAACCAGCAGUAAACAAUCAGAGACAAAGGUAGUGUCCAGAGAGGACAAAGUCGAACUUGGACACUGUAAGCCUUCACUCAGGCAAGAUGUAGAAGAAAAGCCAAAGAAUGACUUUUCAGUGGGAAGUAAUGUCAAGCAAUCCGGCUGUGCCUCUUAUUUUGAAAGUAUGGAGGAUAAUGAAAAGUUGGAAUCACAGGGUAGAUCGUCCUUGAAAGAGAAAUGUGAUGAAGGAAAACAUGAAGAGGAAAUCACUGAUGAAAAUAUGAAUGACAUUGGACAGGAGAGAGUAGGCAAGGAUGAGCCAGAGCGAGAGAUUCAGGGGGAUGACCACUGUGACACCAAAGAAGGAGCACAGAAAGAAAGUGGGGCUGCUGUUAGUCUUUCAAAUGAGCCUCAAAAAACUUGCCAGGCUUACACUAGCAAACAUAUGCAACAACUAAACAAAGUCAAUGAUGAGGCUCAAUCAGAUCCUAACUCUCUUGAUGAUUAUGAUAAUGACCAAAUAAUGGAAAGUGAAAGUGAGGAAGAACUGGAAGUCCAGCAACACAUUGACGAUGUAGCAUUAAUGCCUUUAUGUAAAAAAUCAAAUAAUGGGAAUGACCAAGCAGAAAAUAUACUGCAGGCUCUGAAGAGUUCAGAAAUAUUGGAUGAAGGGGAGCCAUUGACCAUUCACACUGCAGCUGUGGCUAAUGAAGUGAUGGUGCCCUUAAGUCCUGGAGGUGACCCAGAUGAUAAAAUGUCCCAAAAAACUGUAAAAAAGUCUUUUCCAAAUGAAAAUAAUUGCAGUAAUGUUUUUGUUUUACCAAAAAUGGAAGAAUCACCAAAGUUUUUCAUGUUAGAAGAUCAGGGAGGCAGGCAGCCAUUUACCAAGGAAAGUCAGAAUGUUGCACCUCAUGAAGAGCUGGGCAAGGUUACCAGUUCUGAAAGAUGUGUAUCACCACCUUAUGGUUUUUAUGAAGGCUCACCACAGGUCUUUGGUAUAUCAGAUAUUAAUGCUGCUAAAACAGAUGACAGUCAGAGUGUAGAUGAGGAACUCUGCAGUGAUCCAGUCUUCAAUAACUUGCCAGAGGAAUCUUCUUUUGCUCCAUCAGCUCUCCGCUUCCCUGAUGAUGAACGGCAAAGGUCACCCUGUAGACUUCUUGAAAGCCCCACUGACCUUAUAACCUCCCCUCAGCCUUCUGCUCCUUGCCCAACACCUUCUACUCCUGUCACGCCACCAGAUUCUCCUAGCCAACCUGAGGAGCACCAGUUGAUGAAGCAGGAGUCUGUGCUGGCACAGCAGGGAGUGUUUUUGUCAGAACAGCUGAAAUAUCACCAGCAGGAUCUGCACAAGAAGCUGAAAGAGUUUAAUCAAUCAAUGCAUUCUUCUGAAGAGCCCCGAGGCAUCCCCCAGGCAGAAGGUAUUCAACAAUCAGAUUACUGCAUGGCAGAACCCAACAGUAUUGCCUGUGCAAAGAAGUUGUGCCAAUCUGAUAAUGCCGCAGAAGAGCCUACUGAUAUUUCCCAGGCAAGAAGUCUUCAGUGCUGCACACAGACCUCCAUUGACAUAUUUCUAAUUGAAAACGUCCAAGUUAAUGACCACUCAGAGGAACUAGGCAAUAUCACUCAGGCAGAAAGUUUGCUCCAGUCAGAUGAACUCUCCCAGCAUGGGGGUGGGCAUCAGUCAAGUUACAGUAGUGAAGUAUCCAUCAUCACACAGACAGAAGGUCCAAAUCAAUCAGAUUGCAGCACAGUUAGAUCCAGCAAUGUGUCCAGAGCAGAAAUAUUGAACAGCUUUGUCCAGGCAAAAAAUGUGACCCAGUAUGAUCAGGACACAUCAGAACUCAGCAGCAUGCCUCAGGUAAAAUGUGUGCCCCCAUCAGAUGGUUCAGGCACACUUGGAGAUGUCUUGCUAGCAGAAGGUGUACAACAAUCAUAUGACUGCACUGAGGAAACUAAUGAUUUAAUGCAGGCAGAUGGCAAACUACAAUCAGUUAAUGACAAAUUAGAUCAGAGUAUCAUCUCCCAGAAACAGAAUUUUUGUCAGUCAGAUGGUGAUACUGAAGAAACCGAGGACAUAGAUCUGCAUCACUUACAUUACAGCAGUGACCGCCCUGAUAAUAUUCCUCAGGCAGAAAAUCUACAUGCUUUAGAUUAUAUUUCAGAGGAAACUAUAGAUAUCUGUCAUAGAUUUAAACCAGAUAACUAUAGAGAAGAACCUGACAAAAAGUGUCAGAUAGAAAAUGUUUACCAAUCAAAUGACAGUAUGGAUGACUCCAGUGACAGCUCACAGAUGGAAGAUUUACACAAAUUACAUGAUUUUGCAGUGAAAAUGGCUAACAUCCUACAACCAUUAUACCAUCCUGACAAAGAUGAUGCCCUACGCCAAGCAGAAAAUGCUUUCCAAUCAGGUGCUAACAGCACCUCUCAGGCAAAAGGUUUUCACCAAUCAUAUUGCUACAUGGAAAAGUUUUGUAAUAUACAGCAGACAGAAAAUGCACUGCAAUCAAGUGAAAGCUCAGAAAAACCCAUUAUCUUCAAAGAAGCUGAAGGAAUGCACUCAGCAGAUGUUGGCACAGACCAACCUGGUGAUGUCUUGCAAGUAGAAGAUAUGCACAGCUGUGAUUAUGACAGAAAAGAACUCAGCUAUGUCACUCAGGCAUACCUCUUAUAUCAGUCACAUGACAGCACUGAAGAACCUAGUGACUCCUCCCAGAUAGAUAAUGACACACAAGAACUCCAAAACUUCAGCCAAGCAGAAGGUCAGCUUCAAUCAGGGGAUGAUAAAGACAAAUCUAGUGAUAUAAUCUCACAGUCACAAGUUCUAGGCCAAACACAUCACUAUAAAGAAGCAGAAGAAGCUUGUGGCAUCUCUCAAGCAGCAAGACUACACCAGUCAUAUUAUUUCACUCAAGACCUUGAUGACUUGUCACAAGCAGAAAAUGUGUAUCCUGCAACUGAUGGCACCAAAGAACUCAGCAACAUCAUUUUAACAGAAGGUCUACAGCAAUCAGAUGUCUGUAUUGGAGAACAUGUUGUCCAAUUUCAGGAAGAACAUGCAGUUCGCUCCAAUUACGACCUAGAAGAACUCAUCAAAAUCACCCAAACAGAUGGUCAGCAUUUAUUAGAAUAUGAAAAUCCUGGGGAUAUGUUCAGGGAAGAAAGUCCACAUCCAUUUCACUGCCACAACAGACAACCUGAGGAGCAGUUCCAGGCAGAAGGUCAGCAUUUAUUAGAAUAUGAAAAACCUGGGGAUAUGAUCAUGGAAGAAGGUCCACAUCCAUCCCACUGCCACAACAGACAACCUGAGGAGCAGUUCCAGGCAGAACAUGGGAUCCAACCAGAUGGUGGCAAAGAAGAACUCCACAAAUACACUCAGGAGGAAGGUCUGAAUCAAUCACAUGAUGGUACAAACAUGUCACAGGUAGAAAAUAUAAGUCUGUUAUAUAAUUAUAAUGAUGAAUCUAGUGGCACCCCUCAGGAAGAAGGACUGAACCAAUCAUAUGAUGGUGCAAAGAUCUCACAGGAAGAAAAUAUGAGCCUUUUAUAUCGUACUAAUGAUAACGAUGAAUUUAGUGGCACCAAUCAGGAAGAAGGUAUGAACCAAUUGCAUGACGGUACAAGCAUCUCACAUGCAGAAAAUAUGAGUCUGUCAUAUUGUUACAAUAAAGAUUAUAUCAGCAACACUCAGUCAGGAGGACUGAACCCAUCAUCCAAUGGUACAAAUAUUCCAGGUGAUAUUGCACAGGCUGCAUGCUGUCAUAAUGAGGAAUUAAGAGACAUAACUCAACUAGAAGGUGACAACACACCCUAUUUCUGCAGUGAAGAAUCUAAUGAUUUUUUAGAGGCCAAAAAUGUGUUCUACUUAAAUGACAGCACAGACAAAAUCCACACUUUCAGUCAAGAAGCAGAUGUGAUGCAAUCAAAUUACACAAAUAAAUCUAGUGACAUUUCAAAGAAUGAUUGUCCAAGCCACAUGUCUUACAGUAAUGAAGAAUCUGGUGAUGUCUGUAAAGUAGAAGGUCUGCUCUACUCACAUUUCUGCACUAAAGAACCUGGUGAUUUAUCACAGGCAGAAAAUGUGCACCACGCAGAUGAUGGCUUAGAAGAGCUUAGCAACAUCACCCAAGCAGAAUUUCAGUACUUAUCUGAGUGUGAUACACCUGGAGAUGUAUUUAAGUCAGAAGGACUUCAUUCAUCCCAUUGCCACAACAGAGAAAUUGUUGAAAAGUUUCAGGAAGAGCAUGGGCCCCAAUUAGAUGGUGCCACAGAGGAACUCCACCUAAGCACUCAGGAAGAAACUCUGCACCAAUCAUGCGAUAGUACAAACUUCUCACAGGCAGAAAAUAUGAGCCUGGCAUGCCACUAUAAUGAAGACUGUAGUGGCACAACACCAAAAGAAAGUCUGAGCCAAUCACUAGAUGGUAGAUAUGUACCUGAUGAUAUCUCACAGGAUGGAAAUAUGAGCUUUUCAUACUGUUAUAAUGAAGAAUUUAGUAGAAUCACUCAUUUGGAAGGUGUGCAUUCACCAAAUUUCCACAGUGAAGAAACUAAUGAUUUUUCCCAAGCCAAAAAUGUGUUCCACUUAGAUGAUGACACAGAAGAAAUCCACAGGUUCAGUCAAGGAGCAGGUGUAAUUCAAUCAAAUGAAGGCACUGAGGAACUUACUGAAAUUUCACAGGUGGAAUAUCAAAGCCAGUUGUCUCACUACAUUGAAGAAUCCGGCGAAGUCUGUCAAGAUGAAACUCUGCACCCUUCAUAUUACUUCUACAAAGAACAUGCUGACCCUUCAGAGACAGAAAAUGUGCUCCACUCAGGUGAUGGCCUAGAAGAACUCAGCAGCACCACCCAUGCAGACAUGCUGCACUCAACAGAUAUUAUACACAAAUUUGGAGAUAUACCGCAGACAGAAGGAGACUGCACGAAAGAACCUAGUGACCAACUCCAAACAGAUCAUGAAUACCAAUCUGAUAAAAGCAUAGAGGAAAUCCCAAAAUCUAUUCAGGGAGCAGGCAUUCUCCAAUCAAGAAAUGGCACAGAAAAGCAUAAUGAUAUUUCUCACCCAGAAGAAAUGAGCCAAUCAUUUCAUCAUGAUGAAAAAUGUGUUGAUGUCUCUCAAGUAGAAGUUUCACAUCAAACAUUUAUCAACUAUGAAAAGUAUAUUGAGCUAUGCCAAACUGAAAAAGACACUCCAUCAGAAGAGGCAAAAGAAGAUCUCAACAACAUGACCCAAGUAGAAGGCUUACAUUUUUCAGGUAAAGUUAAAGUUAAUCUUGGGGUUACCCUGCAGGCAGAAAGUCUACUCCAUUCAGCUUAUUGUACUGGUCCAACUGAAGAUGUACUUAACUCAGCUGACAGCCCAAAAGAAUGGUACACCAUUACUGAGUCAGAAGGUCUCCACCCUGGUGACAAAGACAAACCAGUCGAUACAUCACAGACAGAAGAUUUAGGAAAUUCAUAUCACCAAAACAGUAAAGAAUCUUGUGACAUCUCUCAGGCUGAUGCUCUCUGGCAAUCUCAUUGCUGUUCUGAAGAACGUUGUGGCCUACACCAGACUGAAAAGGAGCUCACUCUUGGUAAUGGUACAUACAAACUCAGCAAGGUAACCCAAGAAGAAGGCCAACAGUUUUUAGACAAUGGUAAGGAUAAGCCUGGACAUACCCCACAGGAAGAAGAUCUACAGCAAUCAGUUGACUGUAGAGAAGAACCUGGUGUCCUCACCCAUAGAGAGAAUUUGCUCCAGCCAGAUGAUGAGCCAAAAGAAUUCUGCAAUGUCAUUCAAGCAGACAUUCUGUACCAAUCAGAUGUCAAAAAUAAAUCUGCUGACAUCUCUCAGAGAGAAGACCUAAACCAAGCACAUCAUUAUAAUGAAGGCAAUGGUUGCAUCUCUCAAGGCGAUGCUGUACUCCAGCCCAGUUACUGUACUGAAGAGCACAUUGGUCUGUGCCACGCAGAAGAUAUGAUGUUGUUAGAUGACAACACACCAGAACUAAAUAACAUCAUUCAUGAAAAAAGUCAGCAUUUGUCAGACAGUGGUGCAGAUAAAUCUAAUGAUAUCUUGCAGGCUAUAGGUCCAAGCAAUUCUUAUCACUACAAUGAGAAAUAUGGAGCUGGGGACAUCUGUCAAGCUAAUGAUCUGCACAAAUCAGAGUCCAGCAAACUUCUGCAAGUAGGAUAUAUUCAACAAUUAGAUUAUGGCACAGGGAAAUCUUUUGAUAAAUCUGAAGAAGAAACAUUACACCAUUCCAAUUUCUACCCAACAAAUAUAACUGGUGUGCGCAAGUCUGAAAAUCUCCUUAAAUCAGAGUCCCUACUUGAAAUUCCCAUCGAAGGUGGCCAUGAGAAAAAUCAGGGCUCCAUAUCAGCUGAGUCAGGCUCCUCCAGUGAAACAGAUAUCCUAUUGCCUUCAACAUGUAUCUCCCAUAAUCUCAUGAAAAUGCCACCUGGCAGUCAGAAGCAGGGUGAGGUGGACAGAAGCUUAGCCUUGAAGGCCAGCUGUGAGGUCGCCUUCAGUCAGAGAGGAUCCUGUAAUGAUUCUGAUAGCGAUGACUCUGUGCCUGACUUAGAAGAACCAGAGAUUCAGCCUACUAGGACGGCUCAGUCUCAGUCUCAGCUCACACACUCCAUAGGAUCAGGAGAGGAGUCCAUCAACAAAGCCAAGCAGAGCCGUAGUGAAAAGAAGGCUCGCAAGGCUAUGUCUAAACUUGGUCUUCGACAAGUGCAUGGCGUCACCAGGAUCACCAUUCGAAAAUCAAAAAAUAUUCUGUUUGUCAUAACCAAGCCUGAUGUUUUCAAAAGUCCUGCAUCUGAUAUCUACAUUGUUUUUGGAGAAGCCAAGAUUGAGGACCUGUCGCAACAGGUGCAUAAAGCAGCAGCAGAGAAGUUCAAGGUUCCAAUUGAGCAUUCGCCCCUCAUUACAGAGACAACUCCGACGCUCACCAUCAAAGAGGAGAGUGAAGAUGAAGAAGAGUUGGAUGAGACAGGUCUGGAGGUCAGAGACAUUGAGCUAGUAAUGGCACAGGCUAAUGUGUCGAGAGCCAAAGCUGUCAGAGCACUGAGGCACAACAAAAAUGAUAUUGUCAAUGCUAUUAUGGAGCUGACCAUGUAGCACUAAUGAACAAGAGGAGUAUAAAGCGUCUGCCUAUCUGCACAGGAAACCCAAGCUCCAUAUUCUUACUACAUACUACUACAUAGAAUGAACUGUACUGCUGCUACCUUGCUUUCCUAAAUAUGCUCAAUAAAAUGGUCUGUUAUAACCAA